AUGGAGAUGAUCCUGCAGGCCCUUGGUAAGUCCUACUACUACCACCCUGGUUGCUUCAUCUGCUCAGUGUGUAACGAGUGUCUGGAUGUCGUUCCCUUCACCGUGGACGUGCAGAACAACAUCUACUGCGUUAGAGACUACCACACGGAGUUUGCUCCAAAAUGUGCUUCCUGUGCCCACCCUAUCCUCCCUGCCCAGGGCUGUGAGACAACCAUUCGUGUGGUGUCCAUGGACAGAGACUACCACGUGGAGAGUUACCACUGUGAGGAUUGCCGGCUCCAGCUGAGCGGGGAGGAAGGACUCCCCUGCUACCCCCUGGAUGGGCAUCUGCUCUGCUGCCUGAACAGGGCCUGCUCCCCUCGCCGGCUGUGCAAGUGA